AUGGCGGAGUCAGCUGAAGCUGUGGCAGCUGAUGUAACCUGCAAGAGAAGCGUGUUGUUUGAAAUCUCAAACCUCACCAAUACCUACUGUCUUAUCAGUCCCAGGCCUGGCUCCAAGAACGGCAAGCCGGACGCUCUUUCCCGACUUUACUCGUCGGACUCCACUGAGAAGGAGGCAGACACCAUUGUGCCGUCCCGUUGGGCUUUUGGGGCCCUAGUUUGGGAGGUGGAGAACCUUGUAAAUAAUGCCCUAAGAAACGAACCGGACCCAGCUGACGAGAAGGACAUAGGCAUAGCAUCCGUGCGGCACCACAUAUGCCGUUGUAAACGGAUCUGGGCAAAUGCUACCAGAGCUCUCCUUCAAACAGCUGACCAGAACAAGAAGUACGCUGACCGCAAACGGCGGCCAGCUCCUAUAGCUUACCUUGACAAUAGAGAGGUAUUCAAUCCCCCUCAACCGACAGUACGCCCCCUAAAGUCAGAUGUGUGUGCUUUCACCAAGUCUAGUGGAAAAGCAAUCGGUAGCAUUGGCGUCCUGACCUACGAUCUCUUCGAGAGGUCUAAGAAUGACUACAUUGAGACCCUGGCCAUCCUGUUUUCAGUUCCCUGGGACUACAACCUGUAUAAGAACUGGUUUGCGUUGGGCAUCUAUAAAAAGGGUCAUAACUGCAAAAAGGAUUUGUCCAAAGAAAUGUACUAUGACAAGAAAGAGCUUGAGCAUGGCUUUGCCAGAGGGGAGGCCAAUGGCUCACGGAUCAAUUAUGUGAGUAACUACCUUGAUAUCAAAGCCACAAUGUGUCCCAUGGGCAACGCCAUCAUGAAGGUGGAAAUAUGGGACAAACUUUUCACAUCCAUGGGACAGCAGGCUUACUAGAACCCAUUUCAGUUGUAGAAUACUUCCUCACAAUUUGUAUUUUUCUGCAGACUUGCUCCAGUUCAGUGAGCUUGAAUGCUUUUAACAGAUCUGUUGUUGCUGACAUGUGUCUGUAUGCCUUGGUAUUACCCUUCUGCUUAAGAUCAGAGUUUGUUUGUUUUUUAAAUC